AUGGAGCGCCCCGAGCCCGCCGAGGUGCGCAUGAGCCAGGCCAUCCAGCCCGCGCACGCCAACCCGCGCGGCGAGCUGAGCGCGGGGCAGCUUCUCAAGUGGAUCGACGCCACCGCCUGCCUGGCUGCUGAAAAGCAUGCUGGGAUUUCCUGUGUUACAGCCUCAGUGGAUGACAUACAAUUUGAGGAGACAGCUAAAGUUGGACAAGUGAUAACCAUCAAAGCGAAAGUUACCAGAGCAUUCAGCACAAGCAUGGAGAUCAGCAUCAAGGUGAUAGUACAGGACAUGCUCACUGGUAUUGAGAAACUUGUUAGUGUGGCUUUCUCUACAUUUGUAGCCAAACCAGUUGGAAAAGAAAAGAUUCAUUUAAAACCAGUCACACUUCUGACUGAGCAAGAUCAUGUGGAACAUAAUCUGGCUUCAGAGAGAAGGAAAGUUCGAUUACAUCACGAAGAUACCUUUAAAAACUUGAUGAAAGAAAAUAGCGAGUUUGAUGAUCCCAUUUGUGAUGAAGAGGAAGGAAUGGUUUCUACAGGUGGCACCGCUGUUCAGAGCAUUGAACUUGUCCUCCCACCCCAUGCAAACCAUCAUGGAAAUACAUUUGGUGGCCAAAUUAUGGCUUGGAUGGAGAGUCUGGCUACUAUUUCUGCAAGCCGCCUCUGUAGGGCACACCCCCUUCUAAAGUCUGUGGACAUGUUUAAGUUUCGGGGACCAUCUGCUGUUGGAGAUCGUCUUGUUUUCAAUGCCAUUGUCAACAAUACAUUUCAGACCUGUGUUGAAGUGGGAGUGCGCGUGGAAGCCUUUGACUGUCAGGAGUGGUCUAAGGGCCAAGGCCGUCACAUCAACAGUGCUUUUCUCAUUUAUAAUGCUGUCAAUGAUAAGGAAGAAAUGGUCACAUUUCCCAGAAUCAAACCCAUAUCAAAGGAUGAUUUUAGACGGUAUCAUGGAGCUAUUGCACGCAAGAGAAUUCGCCUAGGCAGAAAAUAUGUUACUUCCCACAAAGAAGAAGUGCCAGUUUGUGUACAAUGGGACAUAAGCAACCAGGUAUCCCUGAGUAAUGCCAAUGUGGAGGCUCUCAAAAAUCUGGCAGCCAAGAGUGGCUGGGAGGUUACCAGUGCUGUGGAAAAGAUAAAAAUAUAUACCCUGGAAGAGCAUGACCUUUUAUCUGUUUGGGUUGAAAAGCAUGUGGAAAGACCAGCACACUUGACUUACCAUCUCCUGUCUGACUUUACCAAGAGACCUUUGUGGGACCCUCAUUUCGUGUCCUGUGAAGUCAUAAACUGGGUGAGUGAAGGUGAUCAGAUAUAUUAUAUCACUUGUCCUAUAGUGAACGGUGACAAACCCAAAGAUUUGGUAGUACUUGUAUCACGAAGAAGGCCUCUCAAAGAUGGUAGCACUUACACGGUAGCAGUGAAAUCGGUUCUUCUGCCUUCAGUCCCCCCUUGUCCACACUACAUCAGAAGUGAAAUCAUAUGUGCUGGAUUUCUCAUCCGUGCUAUUGACAGCAGCUCCUGUACCGUAUCCUACUUCAACCAGAUUUCUGCUAGCAUCUCUCCUUACUUUGCCGGAAAUCUUGGUGGCUGGUCAAAAUCCAUAGAAGAGACAGCAGCCUCUUGUAUAAAAUUCAUAGAGAAUGCUACUGAUGGUGGGUUGAUAAACACAUUUUAA